CAAGCCUAAAGUUGGGAGUUAGGACCAUCGAAGUAAUUAGUCCUCUUGCGUCGGACUUCCUGAUAGUUUCAGAGAGGGGAGCAUCAUGUCGAGGAAGGAAAACACGUUUACGAGUGAAAAAUGGAGAGCUGUCCCGGUCCGGUGAGCUGAAAAAUGGGAGCAUCAGUAUCGCUCUGUAACGACCCGUCUUCAGUGAGAAUCCUGAAGCCCAGCGCGAAGGUCAGCCCAGAGCUCAUCGCUCCCACCCUGGUUUCAGAGCCUGAAUUGGCCGCCAGGUGUGUGUUUGGUGUCGCCUUGGAAAUACUGAGAGAGGAAGGACAGAUGGUCUGUGGAAUACCCCUUGUGUUAAGAGACAUGGUGGAGUUCCUGGAUAAGAAUGGAAUGCACCACAGAGGUCUGUUCCGUCUGUGUAGCUCAGUUGCGCGGACCAGGCAGUUGAGACAGCAGUGGGACAGUGGAGAGAGGGUGGACCUGGAGCUUGAGGGAGAUGUCCCAACUGUGGCUUCGCUCCUCAAACUCUUCCUACGGGAGCUGCCCACCCCCAUAGUUCCAGAACCCCGGCGCAAACAGCUGGUUCUGAGUCUCAUGGGUACUAGGAAAGGAUAUACAGUUGACACAGAGAUGAACCAGUCUCUAAGAGAAAAUCUUCACCACCUCCCUGCUGACAACCUCAUUAUUUUGUCUUACCUCAUCCACUUUUUGUCCAGAGUGGCCGCUCACAGCCAGUCAAAUCACAUGCCUGUGGAAAAUCUGGCAACCAUCUUUGGGCCUUGUAUAUUCCAUGUUCCUGCAGGACCCAGGAUGCUAGAAGAGCAGACUGUGUGUAAUGGCCUGUUGCUCCAUCUUCUCCUGCAUCAGAAGGUUCUCCUUCCAAUCCCAGCAGAGAACACACUGGCCUCCUCCUCACCCCCUCCUCCUACUCUCUCUGCUCUUUCACACUUUGAGGUGAACCAUAUACAUAUAAUUUUUUAA